CAUUAGGGGACCUUAGGGUUCACUUCAGUUGCAUGAUAUGCACCAGUAAUGCAAGACAUAGCAGCAGAAACAGGAUGUGGGAUUUCCUUACUGAAAUGCUUGUAUAGUGCUUACUGCAUUACAAGUAUCUAGUCCUUACUGCAGCACAUGUAUCUAGUCCUUACAAGGGGCGGACUGACAACUCAUGGGGCCCUCCGGGCAAUAGGGGAUCAUGGGGCCCCUGUGUCCUUGCCCAAACUCAAAAAAGCCCAAGAAAAAGGUACCAGGGGCAUCUCAUGGGGCCCCCUACUGACCCCAGGCCCUCGGGCAGUGCCCGAGUUUCCAAAUGGUCAGUCCGCCCCUGGU